CCAGGUCUACGUAAACUCUCCCCCUACCUCUCCGGGAUCGUCACCUAUAUGAAUGGCUAUGAAUCUAGAACAGAUUAUCAAUCUACUGCAUAGCACCAAGAUCAAGGAGCGGACGAAUGGCGUUGAGCUCCUCAGCUCUCUCUUUUCCGUACCUAAUAAAGUCGAGAAGCUCGCGGAAUCACAGGAUUUGCUGCUCCUGUUUGUAGCUCUGUUCGACUGUUUCGGUUAUGAGAAGGGAGCAUACACGAAGAAAAGCACUGCAGGAUCGACCACGACUGCAGAAAACCGUUUGAAGGCAGUCGCAAGAGUCCUCCGCACUCUAGUCGAGCGGACUUGCCGCCAGUGGAACAGGAAAGCCUUGAGAGUCGCACUUGAACAUCUGUUCGAGAACUGCAAGUACAACGGCACUCUCUUUGAACCCACGGCCCUAGAUUACUUUCACGCCAUCGCCCACAUCUUCCGCUUCCGACCCCAUGUCGAUAAUCUCGACCACAGCACAUGGAUCAGGCUCGUAGACCUAAUGUUCAACGUCAUCUUGGAGGACCCUUUCAAGACGCGUUUGGAAGAUUCCUUGGAAUCUCCAUCUCGUGCGCCCAGUCCUAUGGACGUUGACGAGGAGAAGUCUCAAGACGAGAUGACUUUGUCUCCUAAGAAGAAGAGAAGACGACCCGAGUCAACGCCUACGCCUACGCCACGACUAGCUCACCAUACUGCCAAGGGUGUUGGAGCAGAAGUAGGCAAAAUUAAGCCUGUGGCGGCGGAAAUUCUCAAGAGCCUUUUGACACACCCUUCAGCUCCUCUCAUUUCUGCAGAUUAUCCAUUUCUGCCUGUAGCGGUCUUGAACCGGAUGCGGCGCUACCUCGCUGCGUUUUCGAACAAGGCCUCCCUCCACCGGGAGCUGCUUCCCGCCCUGUCAGUGGUGCUCUCUGCGUGUUCUCUGAACAAGGCCGCGCCAGUCGCACGUUUCGCUCGGGACACGUGGACAGAUCUUAUCGACCUCUGGAAGAUCAAGGAUUGGAGAGAACCGCUUGUCAUUGUCAUCCGCAAGCUCUUCCCCUACCUCACCGUCGAUAACGAGAAGUUGGGGAAACUGCCUCCCUACGAUGCUAGUCUGCGCGCCCUUCACGACUGUCUCGAAAAAGACACCCACGACGCUAAAUACAAAACGUUGUCUCUUGAGUGCCUGCGAAUGCAGCUUCUCUCUGAGGCAGAGUGUCCAAGAGCCUUCGUCGCCAAGUCCUUCCGGUACGGCUGGAAGUUCACUUCUGCGCAAGCCCUCUCGUGGGCCUCUCUAGAGCUCCAGGCCGACUGUGCAGCUAAGCUAUAUGGUCUAUCACGGUCGACUCUGCAUAUGGAGGAAACGGGACGGAAACGAGCCAGACGCGAAGACCCUAUAUCUGAACUGCUGUCCUCGAUUCGAACAAGAGUCGACGUUAAUUUUCGGGUCGCUCACCUGCAAGUUCUCUUGUUCAUCGUCGAUAGGCACUGGUCCACCAUUCACGACGAGCUUCGGCAAUCGGUGAAGGAUGCGCUCGUGCAGUUCCUUUCGUACGAUGAGCCGGACAUCCAAUCGUGGACAUUUAUGUGUCUCGCGGCUAUUGCUCACGCCUCCUGUGCAGGAGACGCGCCUGCGCCCUGGUGGGGAGAUAUCUGGACACAUGCUGUGCGUGAAGUGACUAUACCGCGGGUCUGCCGGGCAGCCUGCCAUGUCGCGCAUACGCUCCUUACCCAUACAAGGUCUCUCAUCAGUCCAAACAAAAUCUUCUCCGACAUCGAGACUCUAGCGAAAGAUUUGACAAUCCAAGGACCAACAUUCCCCUAUGAUUCCGUCUGUGCGUUUCUCGCGUCGUGUAUGUGGAUCGCAAGCCAGGACGUGCGGCUAUACCGAUUACAACUCGAAGAGAAGGCUUUGCUCUGGUUGCUCAAGACAUGGAAACCGACAGAUCCCCAGGAGCGCGCGAAGAUGCCAUCAUAUACCGUCCACGACAUCCACCAUUUCCUGGAGGUUGCUUGUGGUGCUAGGAAGCAAGUAGACCUCAUCUGCGAGUUAGAACUUCCCGAGUGCCCAAUUGUGGACACCGUUGUCGAGCAACACGCCACAGCCGUUAUCCGAGGCUUCGUCCUGUACGCACAACUACCACCUUUCAAACACACUGCUACGGUCAUCAAGCCCCUUACUGCUGGGCCUUUCUCGAUGGCCUCGGCGGAGACGAACAACAAAACUGAAGCGCCUCCUGGGGGGAAAGAACGACGUCUCUCACAGUUCUUCACGGCACACCUAGAAAAAUUCGUGCAAGAAGGGGAGCGUGAUCCGGACAGCAAGAUAAGGGGUCCCGCCAUCGAGCGAGUUCGUGUUGCGCUGGAUUUCGCUCUCAAUGCGCUCUGUUUCGAGACAAUGGUAUCAGCUCGUGGGUUCGCACCAAACAAACGGACAAUGCAACUUGCGUGUAAGGUCAUACGCGUGUACAUUCCCACAAUCACAGAUCCGAAUACCGACACCUGGGAGGACAGGCUUUUUCUUCUCGCGGCCUUCUAUCCUCUUGUCCUCGCUGCGCCACCCAAGGCUCUCGACGAGCCAUGGGAGAUGAUGCUACCCCCUGGCCGGGAUUCAGGCAUUCGUCAGGACGUGCUCAAAAAUUUGUCCAACCGGACUAACCUCAGCUUGCAGAAUAUGUCCGAGGCGCAACGUGCAUUCCAGACGAUGAUUCUCAGCACUGUCAGCGACACAGACCUAAUCGACGAGAUCCUCGACACCAUGCGGCAUUGCCUUCGUGAUGUCGCGACGAGUCUACCCAAGACUAGCGAACUCAAGACUAACAAGGGCCUUGAUGAUCAUUACAUCCAGCUCACUGGCGAUUCUAUGGGUCCCGUCGAUGCGCACUCAGCGACUCUUCGCAAAGUGGUCAGUGCAUGCGUCCGUGCACUGGCAACGUUUCCAUUAUUGCAGAGCGGCCUACCUGCCCGAGAAAAGGAACUCUUCGAACUCUUUUCUCACUGCUCUUCGAUCAGCUUUGUGCUGUUUGGAACAGUCUACGCAGAGUACGUCCUAGACGGCGCCUUACAUGUGAACGCGGUCGAUCUCUCGCGGUUCUUCGAAUUUGUGGAAGAGAUUGCGGGAGUCUACGAGUGCAAGCAGGAUGAUGCCUUCCGAAUCAUGGUAGUAUCGCUGCUGCGUGCUACGCUGGACGUUUGGAUCGAUAGAACGGUCGACGACGUAUUACUGCACCAAGUUCGCGAGCUCUUUAAAUGGGUAUUCACGAUGGGCCAGAAGCACAGCAACAUCUCUUGGCGAGCCGCGGAUGCAAUUGUUCAGUUCCUGGACGAUUACCUACGCAAGGACCCAUCAGAAAGCUCGUGGCCACUUGCCGACGACGAAACGUCAGAAACACCUCACACCUGGUUACACACACUCGCGGGACACGUCGAUAUACGGGUUCGUUUCCGUGCGGUGCUAGCCAGUGCCCGGUCUUUCGCCAACAUACGACAGCUUGGUGUCAAGCCGAUGGACUGGUACCUCUCGAUUCGAAAUCGCAUAUGCAACAUGGUAGAAAUGUACGAGGAGAUGCUCACCCGCUUAGUCUGCCUGGGGAACAUCAUGAUCGUCAGUUCUACGGUCCGGAGAGGAAGCUACUGGAAUUUGCUCGAACUAUGUUUCUACUCGUCGGCUUAUGUCGCACACGUAGAGACUAUCCUCGCCGCUGUGUCUCAAAGGCUGGGUCUCUCUGUCGCUUCGUUUUUCGAAACAUAUGCCGGGCAGAUUGCCAUCGCCUUGCGCGUCAACAGCAAGGAAUUCCUGCAGCUUCCUCCCCAUCUUCUGGGAUAUAGAGAUAUGAAGGAGUAUGCGGAAGCCGCCUUUCCGCUGUUAACUCCCUAUAACCUUGCAGCAAGCGGGCGAGACCGGGAAGAAGAGGAGCGGGGCUAUCAAUACUUCAAAAGUCACUGCGAAGCGCUGAAGAAAAGCUAUGCCGAAGGACUUGGUGAUUGUCUCGCCGAUGUAGUCGGACAAUUCGUUGUGCACUGGAUAAGCCACAAUGGCGGUACGGAAGGCCCCGGAUCGAUGAGCCUUCUGUCGUCUAUCACAGAACUUAUUGCUCGGCUUGGUCAUGAUGAUCCCAUUGGACAGCAACUCCGACCUUACGCUGAUGGCAUCCUCACUACCGUUAUUCGGACGCUCGACGAAGCGGACUAUUCUUCGUCGGGCCCCAUUGCUGCUUCUCUGGAGGCACUCCCCGAUGCAUCGGCAGAAAUCUUUUGCUUACUCACCAGGUUCCGAGACGAUACGUUCUACGGAGAAGAAGCAAUUGUGCCCGCCUGGCGUGCGGAUGCGGUCCUGGAGUCAUUAGUCUGGUUCGACGAUCAUGUACCUCACUGGGAGGAUGUCGCCAUCACAUAUCACGUAUUGCACCACCUCUUCGCCAUCCUAGAACGACAUCCACUCGUAUACGAACAGCUACGAUUGCUCAACGCUGUCUGCAUGUGGGUAGCUUGCCGACAUGAGCACUUCCAAUACCCAGCGCUUUUGAAGACAUUGUUCAAUGGCGCUCUGAAUAUUUUGGCGCAAAGUGACCUUGCUCGUGGCGCGCAGUCAAUACUCGACUGGAUCUUUGACCGCCUAAAUUUAUACAGAGCGUCGGAGCUCAACCUCAGACUGGCCGAAGGUCUGCUUCGCAUUGGAUGUGUCGCGCACGAGUUUGUACCAAGCGACGUCCCUGAUACCUCACUCAUGGGAGAAGAUCUUCUGCAAUGGAUCGAGCAGAAACUGUUUGACCUUCAUCGAAUUGCGGGGCAGGAGGAUGUGGUGCUUGAGGCGCUUGCUGCUUGGCCUCGCGACUUGAACGACUCGCUCAAACAGCUCUUGGGUCACAUCGGCACGACCGAUCUUUCGAGGUAUCUGCGAGAUGAUAGCGUCUCCACGAACAAGUUUCGCCUAGUCCGUCGGUUGCACGACCUUGCUGUCGAGAACCCGCGUGGCUCUAGCCGCUUCGCCCAGUCUGAUUUCUGGAGACUGAAGUCGUGUAUCCCUACAGGUGGCUUUCUCGCUUCAAGUGACGUGCACGCAUUUGCAGAGCUACUUCUCUCUAAUCAGGGUCGUAUCGAUGGGCUCGAGUACGAGGCACCCAAUGCACCCUCUGCAAGAUCGCAGCAUCUCAGUUCUAACCCGCAGAACUCCACCUACCACGCUGCGCAAGUCGGGGCACGAAAGGCAAUAUUCGUGUCAUUGUUGAACAUGCUCCAUGAUCCCUCCACCUCCCGAGCCUAUCUUGCAUUCAAGACGGUACGAUCUCUGGCUGUCGCGGCGGGUUCCGAUGUCACCGGUACAGCUUCCUGGCCACCAGGCUACAAAGCAGAGCUAUCAUAUCUGCAAGCAUAUUCGACCCCGUCCUCUCUACCCCCCUCGAGAACGCUCGCCGAAGUCUUUGCCCCAGAGCCUGCUCUAGAGCUCGCCAGGAACUUUCCUAAUUGGAUCAAGUUCAUUACAAGCGCAAUCUGCGAUUUUCUCGCUGCCAAGGAGUCGUUCUAUAUAUCACUUUCGGCAGCACUCCGUAGUGAUGCUCGUCUCGCGGAAGAAGUUCUCCCGGUGUUAGUGCAUAUCGCUCUUGGGCGUGAGUGGGAGCGACGAAGGCAUAAGACUGACCCCGCUCCAAACCGAACUGCUCUCUCGGAAUAUUUCACACGCAUCUUGACCUCCCCUGUCUCCUCCGUACCUUGCCGACGCGUUAUCGUUGACGUCGUGCUGCACCUUCGCCAACUGAAGCGCUCUGAACGAGACGAUCCACUGAGCCACGAGCGAUGGUUGGAUCUCGACUUCAUCCUGUUGAGCCAAAGUGCCAUCUCCUACGGAGCUUAUACGACCGCGCUGCUAUUCACCGAACUCGCUGCAGAGUCCUCGGAUCAGUCCUGUAGCGGAUCCACCUCGGUCGAACAAGUGUUAUACGAGAUAUACGGCCACAUCGACGAACCUGACGGCUUCUAUGGCAUCAAGUCACUGGACCCCCACAACAUCCUGCUAAAGCGAUUUCACCACGAAAACCAAUGGCAGAAGGCCUUCCAGUUCCAUGGGGCGUCUAUUGACGACCAUUUUUCGGAAGGAAACGAUGUACGAGGUGUCUUGCAGGCGCUACACUCGUUUGGCUUCAAUCAGCUCGCUUUAACGACUCUACAAGCCGUCCCUGAAGCAAGUGACGACCUCACUUUGGGGCUGAUGGCUUAUGCUUUAGGCUGGCGCACGGGGACGUGGGAUCUUCCUGAACAUUCAGGAGAUCAAAAGGUUGCUCUGUACGCUGCGCUAAGAGCAGUGCACCGAGAACGCGAUGACAGGGUAGUAGAGGCCUCUCUCCAGCGCACUCUGACCGAGGAAAUGUCUCGCCUGCGCAGCCUGGCCGACGAAAACAUUGCGGAGAUACGAGAGGUGGCGCAAAACCUUAUGUGCUUGAACGAGAUACGGCGCUGGAGGGGUGAAGAGUUUCAGAGCCAGCUGCAGGCCAAAAGCAUCGAUCCGACUGUUGCAGCCGAGCUUGGCGACCUUGAACUAGAUAUUGAAUACCCAUUCCUGGAGGCACUGAUUGCAACACGCGUCUCUUUGCUCCAUUCGGCCAGGUAUAGGGAGGAACGCGAUCAGAUUGGCGAUGUUCGACACCCUUUCGUGCGAGGCCUCGUAGAUGUGGAGACCAGCUGCCUCCUACGCCUGUCUGAAGCAUCGCGCAAGGUCGACAAUGUCCAAAUCGCGCUCAAUUCAGUUGUUCGAGCGCAGAAGCUCUGCUCGUCGCCGCGCUUCGACGUUUCCUAUGAGUAUGCGCACGUCCUUUGGCUGUCCCAUGAACCGAGGUCCGCCGUGCAAUACCUGAACACCUUGCUCGGCACUUCAGUUCCUGGAUUCCCGGCGCUGGAUACCUUAGAUACAGCCAAAAAAGCAUUAGCCUACGCCACCCUUGGCACUUGGGCAUCCGAAGCCUGCCUAGAGAAACCGGCUUAUAUUAUGACUCAGUACUUCAACGAAGCCGCUAAUCUUGCUUUGAGUGGAACUUCGAAUGCGAGCGCGAAGGCUGGUAGUCUCUCCGCGUCUGUUUUGCACCAAUAUGCCAUAUUCGCCGAACGGCAGUAUACUUCUAUCGUGAAGUCUCCGGAUGCGUUCCGUUGGCGCGUUUACAAAGGACGCAAGGAAGAGGAACUCAGACAUUGGAAGGAGCGUAUCGCGAAAGAGCCAUCGAACAGCACAGAACUCAAGAGGAUGCAGUCGAAAGCGCAGAAAAUCCUAGACGAAGAUCUUGCUCGUUUGCAGGAAUACGCCCAGCAGCGCGACAUGUUCCUCAGACAGGCGCUGAACAUGUACUCUCGCACGCUGCAAAUCUCCGACGAAUUCGACGACGACUCAAUGAUCCGCUUCUGUUCCCUUUGGUUUGCCAACUUCGACCGUAUGGAUGAUAACUUCCAAGGCCUCAUCGCACAGACGGCGAAACGUAUACCGUCUCGAAAGUUUGUCUUCCUGACCCACCAACUGGCUGCACGUCUCUCCAAGUCGGAUAAGGAUCCGCAAAUGCCACAGCCGCCACAGCAAGUCAAUCUACGUAGCGUAGUCUUGCGCAUGUGCCGGGAGCAUCCAUUCCACACUUUGUAUUCCGUCUUCUGCUUGCAAGGCGACAACAAGCCAAGCGCUUCCAGAAGACAAUCAAGUCGACAUGACCCCACGUCCUCUCAGGCCGAACGAACCGCUGCUGCUUUAGACAUCUUCCAAUCCCUUCUUUCAGAUUCUCGUUGCCAGGAACGGGUCAAGGCUGUCGACCUGAUUUGUAGAGCGUCUUUGGAAUGGGCACAAUAUCCCAUCAAGAGCGAACAUGCAGCCGCAAUGGAAGCUCAUCGGCCACGGCCGUCUCAGAUUCCCUUGAAGCUGCAGAUUCUCUCUGUCAAGGAUGUCAAGGUCCCGGUUAUCACGGCUCCUCUCCCUGUUGAUGUUACUUGCAGAUACGACAAUUUUGUCUGGAUAUCUCGAUUUGAAGAUCGCUACAGCAUAGCCGGUGGGAUCAACGUACCCAAAAUCACGAAUUGCGUUGGAAGUGAUGGUAAUCGAUACAAGCAGCUGUACAAGGGCGAAGGUGGUGACGACCUUCGUCAAGAUGCCGUUAUGGAGCAAGUCUUCGAUCUCGUGAAUGUCGUACUGCGCCACGACCGUCAGACCUUGCGGCGCAAGCUUCGCAUCAGAGGCUACAAAGUCAUACCCCUCGCUUCCCAAGCCGGCGUUCUGGAGUUCGUUCAGAAUACUCAGCCGCUGAAGACCUGGUUGGAAUUGGCUCACCCGAGGUACCGACCUGAAGACAUCUCACCUGGUAAAUUCUCCACGCAGCUCCGUGAAGCCGCACAUGGCAAAAAGGCGGUAGACAAGGAGCAACAAGAGCGGAUGUUCACCCUAUUCAAAAGCCUUCGCACUAAGUUCAAGCCGGUCAUGAGGCAUUUCUUUACGGAACAUCAUAAGGUGCCAAUCGUAUGGUUCCGGACCCGUCUUAACUACGCACGCAGCGUCGCAACUACUUCCAUCGUUGGUCAUAUCCUCGGCCUCGGCGACCGGCAUACCUCCAAUAUCCUCCAGGACAUGACGAAUGGAGAAGUCGUUCACAUAGAUCUUGGGAUCGCAUUCGACCAGGGCAAGCUUCUUCCCGCACCCGAGCGUGUUCCGUUUCGCCUGACCGCCGAUAUGGUGGAUGGUCUUGGGACUUCGGGUGUGGACGGGGUCUUCCGCCGAUGCGCGGAGGAGACGCUCCGCGUGUUAAGAGAGGAGCAAGAGGUCAUCUUGACCGUCCUUGAAGUAUUCAAAUACGAUCCCUUGCACUCCUGGACUGCCAGCGAGAUGAAGCUCAAACAAGCGCAGUCCCGCACGGAUGUCACCUCUGAACUCACCGAGGCGGCAUUCAAGUUCGCUGUCGGACUGGAUCUUUCCGCUGGGGCUGCAGACGAAGCCGCAGAUCGUGCUCUGAGCUCUGUACAGCGGAAGCUCGACAAGACGAACAGCGUUGAGUUCACCGUCAACGACCUCAUUCAGCAAGCAACCGAUGUUUUCAGCCUGGCGAACAUGUUCCAUGGUUGGACUCCCUAUUUGUAGAUCUGAUACACGUGCAUACCCACAGCCCCGUUCUAUACCUACGUCGUCUGCUAUCG